AACGAAAAUUUCAUCAAUCAAUUCUCAUUAAAAUUUUCUAUUCUCGUCCUAAUUUUCUUCAUUUUCCAUGUCCAAAAUGGAGGAUAAGAUUAAAUUGGCAGCUUACUCGGAGCUUCUCGAAAAGGCUCUAGCUCGUGAUUGGUCUCCCGUCGAUUUCAUUAAAAAUGAAAUCUUGUUUGUUCUCGAUGAAUUGAAGAUGGAUGUGGAUAAGUAUAAAAAGAAUCGCGAAGAAUUUGUGAAAAUCGGAAAAUGUGUUGGUCACGCACACGCGCUUCUACUCAUUGCGAAAUUUGGCAACGAAAAGUCAGAUGGAGCUGCCACAAUCAUUCUCGGAAACAUUCCCGAAGAUGUGUCAUUCCCCAAGUUGUUCCCUCAAUGCGUGGGAUUGGGCAAGUUUUUUGGCAUUUGUAUGAGCACCGUAAAGUCUCCAUGCCUUACGGCCAAGCUCACUUUCGACGACCACCACAGUGCGGCUGAUUUCGCUGAAAAUGCCAAUGAAUUCGAAUGGGAUGGGCGUAAGCUGAUCGCAAUUGUGAAACCCUUUAGCGAGAAAAAAUUCCAAAAGUCAAUAAUUUUUUUUGCCGGAAUUUCGCUUAUUUUUGCUAAACUUUGCUUAAAUAAAUUCGAAUUAAAAUAAU